GUGGGGGAGGGCCCGCGCGGCGCCGAGCUGCGGAGCGAGUGGCCGGCUGCACUCGCCCUGCGGCCGGACUUGGCCGAGCUGGCGCGACUCAAGCGCGAGCUGCGCAUCCCCGACAGCCUCGCGCACGUGGCUGCGGCGCAGGACGUGCUGCUCGAUCCCGGCUGCUCCGACCUGCGCCCGUUCGCCGAGAAGCACUCGCUGAUGGGCGGGCCAAAGGGGCGGAGCGAGUCGAAGCUCUGGAGGGACCUGUUUCGCGUCCUCAAGAAGCUCGGCUGGCACUCGCCGCCCGCCGUCGCCAUCGACGCGUCGCGCCCCGCCGAUGAGGCGGGAGAUCUGGGGAGAUCUGGGGAGAUCUGGGGAGAUCUGGGGAGAUCUGGGGAGAUAUGGGAGAUAUGGGGAGAUAUGGGGAGAUCUGGGGAGAUCUGGGGAGAUAUGGAGAGAUAUGGGGAGAUGUGGGGAGAUGUGGGGAGAUCUGGGGAGAUAUGGACGUGCACGCGAGCGGGCCUGCCGCAGGCGCUUAUCCACAAUCUGCAGCUGCUACUGCGUGUCGGCGACCGGCGCGGCGGCUGUGCGUCACGCACCCAGACCGCCUUCUCGACCCUCGCCGUCGCCGUCGAGGGCCUUCGCGACCCGUCGCUACACCUGCUCGCCGCGUGCGUGCGGCACGACGUCAAGGCCUUUGCGCGAGGACCGGAGCUCGUCAAGAGUGCGCUCGAGCGCAUCGUCGAGACGCAGCGGCAGAUGCUCGCCCUCGGCCUCAUCGCCGACGGCGACAUCGCGCGCCCCGACUUGAUUAGCCGCAAGAUCCGCAAGGCGGACGUCGCCGCG